AACACUAUGGCCAGCAAACAUAACUUCAUCUUCACUGGAUGUCUGAUUUUCAUUUCAGUGCAGUGGACUUUGUGUGUUCAAGAAGAAGAGCUCCAUGCUGACUACUGGAACAUCAAAGGGAAGGACGCCCUUUACACUGCCCUGAAUCUCCAACCUAAUGUGCACCAAGCCAAGAACAUUAUCCUCUUCCUGGGGGACGGUAUGGGGGUACCAACAGUGACUUCUGCCCGGAUCCUCAAAGGCCAGUUGGCAGGACAUACUGGAGAAGAGACUAGUCUGGUUAUGGAUACCUUCCCCCACUUGGCACUCUCAAAGACGUACAACGUGGACGAGCAGACGCCAGACAGCGCUGGCACAGCAACAGCAUACUUAUGUGGUGUGAAAGCCAACUCUGGCACCCUGGGUGUCACCGCUGCCACCCCAAGGGGAAACUGUAGUGCCACCUUUGGGAAUGAAGUCACAUCUAUUCUGAACCGUGCCAAGAAAGCAGGGAAAUCAGUUGGAAUUGUGACGUCAACUCGAGUGCAGCACGCCUCCCCAGCUGGAAACUACGCUCACUCUGCCGAUCGAGGCUGGUACGCUGACUCUGACCUCCCCGCUGAGGCUGUCCAGGAUGGCUGCCGUGACAUUGCCUACCAGCUGAUUCACAACAUAGAGAUAGAUGUCAUCCUUGGCGGAGGUCGUAAGUAUAUGUUUCCCAAAACCAUGCAAGACCCAGAGUAUCCAACGGAGAUGGGAAACCGAGAUGAUGGACAAAACCUUGUUUUGGAAUGGACAAAAAACAAAGAGAAUGUUAAAUAUGUUUGGAAAAAGGCUGAAUUUGAUGCUGUCAAUCCUGCGACAACAGACUUCCUCAUGGGUCUGUUUGAGCCAGGAGAUUGCCGCUACGAGUUGGAACGCAACCCGUCUAUGGAUCCCUCCCUUGCAGAGAUGACAGAGAAAGCAAUUAAGAUUCUCAGCAAGAACCCUAAGGGAUUUUACCUCUUUGUGGAAGAUAAGGGGAGAAUUGACCAUGCUCACCAUGAAGGGAAGGCCAAAAGUGCUAUGUAUGAAGCUAUAGAGUUCGAUAAGGCAAUUGGGAAAGCAGCUGAACUCACCAGUGAACUGGACACUCUGACUGUAGUCACUGCUGACCAUUCCCAUGUGUUUUCUUUCGGAGGAUAUGCUGCCCGAGGAAACCCUGCUACAGGGGUGGCACGUUCUCUGGCUGAGGACAACAAGCACUACACCACUGCUCUGUAUGGUAAUGGACCAGGAUACCAGAUAGAAAAUGGAACUCGCCCAGAUGUGAAUGAAUCAAUUUCAUCGGGUGAUGACUACCGUCAGCAGGCUGCUGUCCCUCUUGAUUCAGAGACCCACGGCGCAGAUGACGUAGCCAUCUUUGCUAAAGGUCCCAUGUCACACCUUUUCCACGGAGUUCAGGAGCAGAGCUACAUUGCACAUGUCAUGGCUUAUGCUGGCUGUAUAGAGCCCUACGUGGAGUGCAAACUCCCUCCACCCAACCAUGGUGGAGCAAUGCACCCCAGCCUGCUGCUCCUUCUGCUGGGCCUGCUUCUCUUCGCCUUCUGCUCUGUCUGAGCUGAAUGAUCAAACAUUUUGGUUUAAAAAUAAAUUAUUUUUCACUGUGAUAUGUGAGUGUAAGAGUUGUACAACUAUUCAA